UUUACUUCAACACUUGGCAUUAUCUUUGUGGAAUCAACAACGAUAAGACGCAUGGUGGCGAAAUAUCUAACCUUAUUCUCUUUUUUUACAGGUACAUUUGGAUUUCUCGUCACCAAUCACACCUGCGUUCAUGACAAGUUUAACUGCCAAGAUGGUUCAUGCAUCCCCAUUAAUUGGCGCUGUGACAAUGAAAUAGACUGUAAAAGCGGAAUAGACGAAGAUGGAUGUCAUAAUAAAACAACAUGCAGCGGUGGUUCCUUCCAAUGCAGCAGUGGUGCAUGCAUUCCGCACAGAUGGCGCUGUGAUGGGGAGAUGGACUGUAAUGAUGGGUCAGAUGAGCAGAAAUGUUCAUCCUCAGUUUCGACAUCGACCACCCACUCUACAUCUCUGCCAGUGAUUACGUCUGUUAUAAUGACAUCAAGUUCCACAAGUUCCACAGAGAAAGCAUCAACAAGCAAAACCACAAUGAAACCAGAUCCGAAUUGCCGAGACGAACAAUUAAAUUGUCAGGUUUUAGUCGCCGACAUAGAUAUAUGUUCGAUGCCGGUUUCUGCGCAACUUUUAUGUGCUUCAACUUGCAACAUGUGCAGCGGUUCUACUGGUUCACAACAUGUGACAAACAUUCAUAGCUCUCAAUCUUAUACCAGUCACGUGAAUCCAGGUUUCCCGACAGCUGCUCCAACUUCAACAACAACUGGAAGUACGCAUGCUCCAUACACAGCACCACCUACAGACGUAGCUAUUUUGUCUGGUUGUGAAGAUGCUGAGAGCAAUUGUGCCCAUCUUGUUAAAACUGUAAAUAUAUGCAGCGAUCCAGUAAAAGCAAAAUUUUUAUGCAAAAGAACGUGCAGUAUUUGUGACGAAGCUGCUUCGAGUUUGGUAGGCUAAAUAAACGGAGCUGUAACAGUUAUGAAAUUAUUUGUGAAAGUAAUCAUUCUAAAAGCCAGGCAU